AUGUCUCUCUCGAUACCCAACGCCCCCAAUGCCGGCCUCUUCAAGCAAGGCUACCAAAACUACGACGCCGAAGAUGGAGCCGUCAUCCGCAACAUUGAUGCCUGCCGGACGAUUGCCCAGACGGUUCAGACGUCUCUCGGACCAUAUGGCCGCAACAAGAUUGUCAUAAACCACCUCCAGAAGAUGAUCCUCACCUCGGAUGCGGCAACAAUACUGCGUGAACUCGAGGUUGUACACCCGGCAGCCAAGCUCCUGGUCAUGGCCAGUCAGCAGCAAGAGGCAGAGAUGGGUGAUGCCACAAACUUUGUCAUUAUACUGGCUGGUGAACUGUUGAAGAAAGCUGAGGAGCUCAUCAGGAUGGGUCUCAAGACAAGUGACAUUGUUUUGGGCUACGAGAAGGCACAGCUUGCUGCUCUCCAAACACUCGAAGAGCUCGUAUGCGACAAGGUUGAGGACAUCCGGUCACAAGAACAACUCAGCAAGGCCAUCCGUACCGUUGUUGCCGCCAAGCAGUCUGGCAGCGAAGACUUCCUCGCUGACCUCGUCGCCGAAGCCGUUCUCGCCGUCCUCCCCAAGAACCCCGUAAACUUCAAUGUCGACAACGUCCGCGUGGUCAAGAUCAUGGGUGGAGCUCUGGAGCAGAGCAAGGUGGUCAAGGGCAUGGUCUUCGCAAGACAGCCCGAUGGUACUGUACAAAAGGCAACCAAGGCCAAGGUCGGAGUCUUCUCGUGCCCAAUCGAUAUUUCGCAAACCGAGACCAAGGGCACGGUGCUGCUACACAACGCAAAGGAAAUGAUGGAAUUCACAAAGGGCGAGGAGCAACAAGUGGAGCAGGCUAUCAAGGAGCUCCACGACUCUGGCCUGAGGGUGGUUGUUGCUGGAUCGACAAUUGGCGAAUUGGCCAUGCACUACCUGAACCGCUACAACAUCCUCGUCAUCAAGAUUCUGUCCAAGUUCGAGUUGCGACGGUUGUGCAGGGUGGUUGGAGCCACACCGCUCGCCCGUCUUGGUGCACCCAUGCCAGAUGAGAUGGGCAGCAUUGAUGUGGUCGAGACACUGGAGAUUGGUGGUGACCGCGUCACAGUCUUCAGGCAAGAGAACGAACAGACACGGACUGCCACUCUGGUGCUUCGCGGUGCCACUCAGAACCACCUCGACGAUGUAGAGCGAGCGAUUGACGACGGUGUCAACGUAGUCAAGGCCAUUACCCGCGACGCACGGUUAGUGCCCGGUGCCGGAGCAACUGAGAUGCAGUUGAUCGAGAGAAUCAAGGCUAUUGCAGACAAGACACCCGGUCUGGCACAGUACUCGAUCCGUAAAUAUGCCGAGGCAUUCGAGGUUAUCCCACGCACGCUCGCCGAGUCAGCUGGUCUGGACGCAACCGAAGUGCUGGCCAAGCUGUACGUUGCACACGCAGCACAGAAGAACCGCAAAGACGACGAGUGGACGGUGGGUGUGGACAUUGAGAACAACGACGACACGGGCACGCUUGAUGCCAAGGCCGAGGGCAUUCUGGACCUGUGGGUCAGCAAGAUGUGGGCCGUUAAGCUGGCGACGGAGGCAGCAAGGACAGUGUUGAGCGUGGAUCAGAUCAUUGUGGCCAAGCAGGCUGGUGGACCCAAGAUGCCUGGCAAGGCACAGGCGGGCAACUGGGACCAGGAUGACUAG